AUGGGUGAUUUCGAUCGUAUGUAUCCGCAGGGGCUCUACAACCUCUCCCCGGACCAGCAGGAUCUUCUCAUGGCUGCGCUUUCCUCCAACACUCCAGCCAACAAGCAACCCAACCGUACCCCGCAACAAAAUCCUGAGCACAGUCCUGACCAAGCCUCCUCGAAUGGUAUGAGUGGCCCCAACUCCGGCAAUUUCGAAAACCCCCAGUCCCACUUCAAUGCGUUUGGCUAUGGGGAUGACGAUAGUCCAUUCCUUGAUUUCAACCCAGAGGUGGAUUUUGACUUCCCUGGCUCCGCCAACUUGAUCGGGGAUCUACCUGGGGAUUCCCCCACCCACGACUAUGAAUCGGGUGAGAAGCGCAAGUCGAUGGAUGGCAAAUCGGAAAUAGAUACCGAGGAAACGGGAAAGAAGCGUCGGGAGAGUGAGGCGAAGAAACCUGGUCGGAAGCCACUAACCUCUGAACCCACUACUAAACGCAAGGCUCAGAAUCGGGCUGCCCAGCGAGCCUUCCGUGAACGCAAGGAAAAACAUUUGAAGGACUUGGAGAUCAAGAUGGACGAUUUGCAGAGGUCUUCUGACACAGCUAAUCAGGAAAAUGGAGUUUUGCGUGCUCAAGUGGAAAGAUUGCAGACGGAGCUUCGGGAAUACCGCAAGCGACUCUCAUGGAUGACUAGUGGUGGAAACGGCCUGUCUGCUAUGAGUGCCAUUCCCAAUGCACACUCACAGGGAGCGUAUGGUCUGCAGAAUAACGAAUUUUCGUUUGAUUUCCCCAAGUUUGGUGAUCUGCCCGGCUCGCACCUCUUCAACGGGCAGAACAAGAACGACCAGUCCAAGCCCAAGGACCGAUCGACUCGUGUCCCUGGUGUGCUGAGUCGGGAGAACCUACAUGGUCUCAUUGGUGCCCCUAUUGCCUCUCCCAACUACAACUCCAGCACCCCCACCCCGACCGGAAGUACUAAGCAAAAUACCCCCAAGGGAACAUCAAGCAGUAAUGCCUCCAACAAGGCUCCCUACAACAAUCAAAAAUCAUCGACCACAACGCCUCAUGAUAAGUCGACAACAGAUUCUCCGUCAUCGUCAUCUGAUUCGCAUCAGAGCCAGAUGCUCUCAUCCAGCGGAACCUCACCCGAGCCGAGUUUAAACUCUCCGCCAGACACCAAGAACAAUGAGUCUGGUUGCAGUGUUCACGGCUCCGUUAAUGGUGAGGAAUCUUUCUGCGCCAAACUUGGCAUGGCCUGCGGCAAUAUCAAUAACCCCAUCCCAGCUGUGCGGGACCAACAAACCAGAUCCAACAGUGGCUCAAACAACCACCAACCCUCCGCCGAGGACAUUCUUGGCCUCGAUUGGCUUUCUCAGCAGAAUGGUGGCCAGUUCGACCCAACUCUCUUUGGAGACUGGCGUGAGCCGCAGGACGCAGUACUCUCCCAGGAUUUCGGCACCUUCUUCGAUGAUGCGUUCCCCUUGCCAGACCUUGGCAGUCCAUCGCAUAAUUUGACCGAGGUAGCUACUCAGCCACCUAAGAAGGAUCUGAUCUCCCAGAUCGACCGCAAGCUGGAGGAAGAGGUGGUUCCGGGUGAAGACAAAGCACAGAUGCUAUCAUGUACAAAGAUCUGGGAUCGUCUUCAAUCGAUGGAGAAGUUCCGCAACGGCGAAAUCGAUGUUGACAAUCUCUGCACUGAACUCCGCACCAAGGCUCGCUGUUCCGAGGGUGGCGUGGUCGUGAAUCAGAGAGAUGUUGAUGAUAUUAUGGGCCGCACCAAGUAG